AAGAAUAGUGAAAGAACAGGCGUUUGUUAAACCUGACAUUUUCUUGGGGGAAAGCUAUAUUCCUGUCUACGUUUUACUGUUCACACAGCUAGUAAGCUUUCUCAGCCACGUAAUAUGCCAGAGGAAACAGAGGCAGCUUCAAACUCAGGAAGUAUGGAUGACAAACCUGGCUCAUCAAGUGCUGUUGCAGCAAACAGCUCUGUCGACGUGAUGGUGGAGGCAAAGAAGCUAAUUGGUGCUGGGAACAGACACCUGGUGAUGGGUGAUGUCGUUUCCGCAGUCAACGUGUUCCAGGAGGCUUGUGGCAUGCUCGCUGAGCGAUAUGGAGACACGGCUGAUGAAUGUGGCGAGGCGUUCUUCCUCUGUGGGAAGUCUCUACUGGAGCUGGCCAGGAUUGAGAACACUGUCCUGGGGAAUGCCCUGGAGGGAGUCCCAGAGGAGUCCUCUGAGGAAGGAGCAGAGGGGGAGAAGCCAGACAGCUCCAAGUUUGAGAGUGCUGACAACCUGGACGAUGAUGAUGACGAUGACGACGACGAUGAUGAUGAUGAAGGCGAAGGCACUGCUGAAGAGAAGGAGAGCGAGGAGGAAGUGGGUAAUCUGCAGCUGGCUUGGGAGAUGUUAGAGGUCGCCAAGGUCAUCUACAAAAGGAAGGAGAACAAAGAGGAUCAGUUGAUGGCUGCCCAAGCCUACCUGAAGCUGGGAGAAGUUGGCGCUGAAUCUGGUAACUACUCUGCGGCAGUGGAGGACUUCCAGGACUGCCUGUCCCUGCAGCUGAAGCACCUGCCCCCCCACAGCCGCCUGCUGGCUGAGACCCACUACCAGCUGGGCAUGACCUACUGCUACACAGGCCAGUACAGCCAGGCCAUCCAGCACUACAGCAACUCUGUCAAGGUCAUCGAGAGCCGCCUGGCUAUGCUUCAGGAGGUGAUAGACAAGGCCGAGGGUGAGGAUGCAGCCAAAGAGGAGAAGACUGAGCUAGAGGAGUUAAUGCAGCUCCUGCCAGACAUCGCUGAGAAGGUGGAGGAUGCCAAGGAGAGCCAGAGGACAGCCAGCUCAGCCUCUGUGGCCAUACAACAGACUCUGGCCGGAGCCUCUACUUCAUCGGCAUCCUCUUCAGCAUUUGCAGAAAAUGGUGGCACAUCAGCCUUUGGAGCCAGUCCGGUCCCGGUCCGGUCCGCAGCAGAUGGCACAUCCUCCAAAUCUGCGUCAGACAUUUCCCACCUGGUCAGGAAAAAGAGGAAAACGGAGGACAGCCCGUUAAAGGAUACUGAUGCUAAAAAGGCCAAGCAGGAAACUGCCCUUAAUGGCAGCGGCGACUCUGAUCCUGCCAGCAACGGCAAUGGAGUCCAGGAGAAAGAGGCACAGGAGACCGAGAUGCCAUCUGCCUCCAUGGAAUCCUCGGCGUGAUGUCACUGACUUGACUUCCUGAUCUUCCAGCCAGCCAGCAGAGCAUGCCUUCCCAAUCACUUGUUUUUGUUUCUGUAAAUAUGAUACUUUCACACUGUCCAGUUUUUGUGUACUUGUAGUAAUAAAAGUUCAAUAAACAAUAUU